AUGAGUUUCCCAAACCCUGCUACGUCAGUCAAGUUAGUGUUGUUGGGAGAAGCCGCCGUGGGCAAAUCGUCAUUGGUGUUGCGGUUCGUAAGCAACGACUUUCAAGAGAAUAAGGAACCUACUAUCGGAGCAGCCUUCCUCACCCAGAAAUGUACCAUCGGUGAGAGAACGAUUAAAUACGAAAUCUGGGACACUGCCGGACAGGAAAGGUUUGCCCUGUUGGCUCCAAUGUACUACCGGAAUGCCCAGGCAGCCUUGGUGGUGUACGAUAUCACCAAACCAGCGUCAUUCAUUAAAGCCAGACAUUGGGUAAAGGAAUUGCACGAGCAAGCUUCAAAGGACAUUACAAUUGCAUUGGUGGGUAACAAGUUUGAUUUGGUCGAGGACGACGAAGAGGACAGCUUGAGAAAGGUCAGCGUGGAGGAGGGCCAGAACUUGGCGGAGGAAGAGGGCUUAUUGUUCUUCGAGACCAGUGCAAAGACUUCAUACAAUGUCAACGAAGUGUUUAUCGGAAUAGGAAGCAAAAUUCCCGACAGUUCUGCCAACCAGCCGGAAGCCAUCAGGGAAAAUAACCAGGGAAGAAUCGACUUGACCUCGAACAACGCCUCAGGCGGCAGCAGCGGGUCAGGAGACUGUGCAUGCUAG